ACAAAAAGAGAACUCUUAAUAAAAUAUUUCCGUUAUAUUCAUAAUAUGAAGAGCGCAAUUCUGCUUUUGUGCCUUUUUACGCUAUCCAUAAACGCUUCAUUUAUUCAGCUGCCAAGAGUCACCCUCGACAAAAAAACAAUCAAAAAUGCAAGAAUUAUCGGCGGACAAGUGGCCUCCCCAGGUCAAUUUCCCUGGCAGGUCGCUAUCUACAAGAACACAACAGACGGAAGAUUCUUUUGUGGGGGAGCCAUUAUUAACGAACAAUGGAUUCUAACUGCAGCUCAAUGCGUAUACGCGGCGACUCAGCUUACUAUCCAAUUAGGAUCUAAUCAGUUGCAAGGAUCCGAUGACGGCCGCGUAACUAUUACCUCUUCUACGUAUUUUUACGAGCCACGUUUUGAUCCAACACUAGGAGUUGCCCAUGACAUUGCUCUUAUCAAAAUAGAAGAACCUUUAACUUUUACAGAUUAUGUUCAACCUAUUGGAUGGGCUUAUAUUGGUCGCCUCUAUCCCGGAAAGGUUGUAACUGCUUCAGGGUGGGGGCAAGUUAGUGACGCGGAUUCCACUUUAGAAAAUGACCUCAGUUACGUUGAAAUGACAGUUUUUGACCAAAUCGAGUGUCAAGCGUAUUAUGGCUCCCAAUUAGAAGAUACCAUGAUUUGUACUGUGGGAACUACAAAUCAAGGAACAUGUUAUGGAGAUAUUGGUGGUGUACUAGUAACAAAAGCACUGGACUGGCUAGGAGAUUUUACAGUAGCCGUGGCUAUUUCCAGCUGGAUGAGUCAAAAUGGUUGUGAAAGCUCAGAUCCGAAAGGGUUUACAAGAAUAGAUGCUUACAUUAGCUGGAUUGUAAAUACCACAAGAGACAAUUAAAUUUAUUUAAUAAAUGUAUGCCUAAUCCCUACAGCUUACUAUUCAAAAGUGAAACAUAACGUAACGUGUACACUUAUUUUCCGUUUGUUUCCUACAUUUAUAUUCUGAUUAAAUGCGUAGCAACAAAGUUUACACCA